AUGGCUGCAAGAAUCUUGCCAGAAUGCUGGGGUCACCGAGGGGCCUCUGCAACAUUUCCUGAGAAUACGCUCGCUAGCUUUGAAGCCGCCAUCCGCGAUGGGGCCGAGGGCAUCGAGAGCGACGUGCACGUCUCUUUGGAUGACGUUGUUGUAAUGUUUCACGAUCCAGCUCUGGAAAGAACCACCGGUUGCAAAGGUUUGAUUAGGGAGCGGAAAUGGUACGGCGAUGAUGGGAUGGAGCGCCUCCUCACGAUCAAGGAACCACGGCAGUCCAUUCCCACUUUCGCAGAAACUGUCGCCCUGCUGAUGAAGCCAGAGAACCAACACGUCAAAUUCAAUGUUGACGUCAAGGUUCAAAAUGAUCCGGACCGUUUGUUUUUACUUAUGCAUGAUAUUAUCUCGGUGCAGCCCGACUGGGAAACUAAACUUGCCCCUCGUAUCCUGCUUGGCCUUUGGCACCCGCGGUUUGUUGCCUUUGCGAAAGCGAGGCUGCCUUAUUGUCGGCGGUCUCAUAUUGGCGUCAGCACUGCUCUUGCUCGCAAGUAUUUCUGGAAUGACGUGGAGGUUUUCUCCAUGUCGUUUGCAUCGCUAGCAAGUGCGGACGGCUCCGGAUUCCGCGAAGAAUGUAAGGCCGCGGGCAAGCGACUUAUGGUAUGGACUGUCAACAAACCGGAGCACAUGAUGGAAGCUGUUCGAUGGGGUGUUGAUGUUGUUAUUACUGAUGUCACGCAGAAAUGGCUGGAACUUCGAGGAGCGCUACAAGUCGACUACGAUACCAUGCUUUCUCGGUACGGCCGGCUUUUCCUCUGGACGACGUGGCAGUUCUACUUCCCAGUCACAUCAUCUUGGGAAAGACUCACGAGGAUGUACCUCGAAAGUGCUGCAGGCCCUUUCGACCAUUUUGUGCUCCCUGAGCCAACAACUAUAACUUCGAGAAUUGCGUAG